AUGCUUCAACCACUUCACCAACCCCAUCUCAGAGGUCUCAAUGCCAAUCCCACAUUUCUCAAGUGGGCUCGCGACACCACUAUAGAGUUUCACUACGGCACUCUUCUCAAUAUCUAUGUCGCGUUUAAAGCCCAGUGGGCGGCUGUCGCCAGAAUCGGGGAGCCCUUCUCGUUUGUAUUCUCCAAGUCAACCUUUACAUCACCAUCGACUAUCACUUACUCGCCUACAAACUCCCCCAAAUGGCUCUUGAUCGACAGCGGUGCUCGGAGACUCUAUGGUACACCAAAGGAGGCGGAUAUUGGGCCGGGAGAGGUGGUGGAUAUACCAGUUGGCCUGGUGGCAACCGAUGAGGCGGGCUCAACAACUCUUGACUUCACUCUGAUCGUUUCAAGAAAGACCGGUAUUGAACUCGAUAUUCCUCUCAACCAGCAGAUACCAGAAUUUGGCUUCUUCUCCAAACCCCACACCAUCCUGUCGCCGCCGAGGAACCAGUUCUCUUUCGUGCUGGACCCAGAAACCUUCUCAGUAUCUUCGGACAAGCCAUUGACCUACUAUGCAGUCAUGUCGGGCAACACUCCUCUUCCGGCCUGGAUAUCGUUUGAUGCUGGCCGGCUUGCUUUCUCGGGACAGACUCCAGCUUUCGAGGCUCUCAUCGACCCACCCCAAACCUUCGAAGUUACGGCCAAUCAGACGACAGUCGUCAUCAACGCAACUGCCGGGGAGCCCUUUUCAUACGAUGGGCUGCGGAACAGCAUCAAUGUUGAUGGCCAACCCAUGACUUCCGGCGACGGUUUGACCGUGGCCUCUACCUUCAAUAUCCCGCCUUGGCUCACCCUCGAGAAGGACAAUUUGCGCAUGACCGGAACCCCUCCAAUGACAGAAAAAUCAACAAACUUUACCAUUGCGCUCAAGGACAGCUUUGCGGACAGAUUCAACUUGACUGGCAUGGUUCAGGUCAGGGGCACUCAAGCCCAGGGCUCCAGCAUGUUGAAGGAUGAGUUGCCUGUUAUCAAGGGACAAGCAGGGGAGCACAUAUCCUUCGAUCUUGGCCCCUACUUAGAGGACCCCAACAACACGGAGAUAGCUAUCGAUGACAAUGCCUCGCCCUCAUGGAUCCAUGUCCGCGAAGGAACCAUUUUCGGGGACGUGCCAAACUCGUCAAAAAAUUCCAUCAUGAGCGCCACAAUAAGGUUGACCUCCAAAAUUUCGGAAGCAUCAGAGUCAGUCUUGCUAAAUGUGCACAUGCUGGCGGCUUCCGGGGACACGGCAGACACCACAGGUACUGACUCAGAUUCGGGUGCGACAUCGACUGAGGAUCCGGGCGGUACGAAGCCAGGUCGGAAACAUGCACCCACUCCUAUCGGACUUAUUUUGCUCUGCACUAUCCUUCCCGGGCUCUUGCUUCUCGGCGCCCUCAUGGGCAUGCUUAUCUGUUGCCUUAGGCGACGGAGAGAAGCCAAGCGGCCGAAGCUCAGUACCCGUGAUGUAUCGGGCCCUCUCCCGGGAACUUUCACCAUCAAUGUCACAAGCCCGGAUGGGCAGAGCUCCAUGGAGCAGAUAACGGGACCAUACAACACGCAAAGCACGAUAGGUCGGAUGUCACUGGCUGAACAGGACCGGAAGAGUGACCCUGAAUCGGGUACCAGCCGCGAACAUAGCUUCGAUGGCGACGUGCCUCGCCCGCUUAGCACCAUCCGGAUGCUGCCUACCAACGAAGAACUGCUACCGGCGAGCAGCAGUCUUCUGGAUGUCACAGAUUCACCUCUCAUGAGUGGUGCUAUUACCAGAACCCCACGGAAUCGGCGACACGAGAGAACACAGACACUCCUCAGUCACAUAUCGGAGACUAGCUACUAUGAGGAACACUCCGCCGGAUUUACCAUUGACAACACUUUGGAGUUCCUCGGCAACAGCAACACGAGAGACUCGUUUCGGGACGGUGUCGAAGUCGACAUUCCGUGCCUUGGUGAUAUCUCUAGCAUCCAGCCCACGCCUAACUCUGCAUACACGGCCAUGCUUGCGAGAAAGCUGGUAUGGCCUUGGUUCAAGGGUCGUGUCAUCAGCAUCAAAGGCGUUGCCGAGAAGUUCGGGAGGGCAGCGAAGACAACACAGGCCGGUCUGCCCAGUCUAUCAAGCAUUCAGGUGUCUUUACACGAAAAGACACCAGACACAUCGCUGGUAUCAAAUAAGCAGUCUAACAGCUCAGGCAUUCCCGACUUCCCAUCACCGCCACAAACGACGAAGCGAGCCAUAAUGCCCAAGUAUGAAAGACCGGUAACGAGAAGAGCAGUCGGCACAGGGCGUAUCGUUAUCCCACGACAGAGGCUAGUGUCGACAAAGGUUGAAGUAGUGGGACGCCCGGAUGAUAACAGCCACAAACCAUCAGAGGACAGGAAGCAAGCUCCACCGACCCCUAGCUUCGACCGCCCUACCCGGAACUCACUUGGGAUCUCGUAUGCAGACAUAGCAUCCGACUCACCCUUCCACCAGUCAAGCACAUGGUCAACAAUACCCUCCAGUCACGAAUGGCAUGAUGAGACGAUACAGAGCCUCGAGAAUGGCGACAGCUUGUUACCAAGUCCCAGUCACAGACGCUCAAGGUCAGCAUCACAACCAAAUUGGGCACCAUACAAGGACUUGCUCUCCAACAUCAACGACGCCGCAAGCUCUGUAUACCCACAGAGUCAAUGGUCGUUUGCCCCUAUUCCGCGGCCCCAGCCUCUUGGUGUUGCGUCCUCCAUCGCGUCGCAGGGCUUGUCUGCGCGAGCUCCUACGCUUGGAUCUGUUGGAUUUCCCAAGGCUCCUUCAUCGUUUUGGUUGGACGGGGAUGCGCAUGGAGAUGGAGAUAAGGAAAACAAGUGGGCAAGUGCGACGAGGAGUGGAAACCCGAGGUUUCGGCCACCGCAGCCGAUAGCAUUGGUGACUUCCCAGAGCAAGGCGAGUUCGGAUUUUGCGGUUUACAUUUGA